AUGGAGGUCGACGCCGCCCACCCCGCCGCCGCCGGCGACGAGCUCCGGAGGCUCCUCGCCGCCACUCUCAGCGCUGACAAGGCGUCCGUAGACGCUGCCACUGCCGGCCUUGAUGGGAUCUCUGCCGCCGGCGACCCCCGCUUCCCCAUCGCCGUCCUCGCCGUCGCCGCAGGGGAUGGUGAUCAAGGGACAAGAAUCGCUGCAGCAACAUACUUGAAGAAUUUCGCCCGGCGCAACAUGGAAGGGGGGCUAUCGUCUUCUGUUCUCUAUGCGGAGUUUCGCGACCAGCUCGCACAGGCUCUGCUUCGAGUUGAACCUGCGAUUCUUCGAGUGCUGAUUGAAAUUUUCCGCCAAGUUGCGGAGAAAGAUUUUGCCAAGGAGAAUUCAUGGCCUCAACUUGUGCCUCAAUUGAAGCUGGUGAUCCAGAGCAGCGAUGCAAUUAGUCCAGGCCACCAUCCUGAAUGGAAAACCAUUAAUGCUCUCACAGUUCUUCAGUCCACUGUUCGACCCUUCCAGUAUUUUUUGAACCCAAAAGUUGUAAAUGAGCCUGUUCCGGAUCAGUUGGAGCAAAUAGCAGCUGAGAUUCUUGUACCACUGCAAGUGACAUUCCACCACUUUGCUGACAAGGUUCUGUCAUCACACGAUGGAAAUAAAUUGGAAUAUGAGCAGCUUCUGCUUAUCACAUGCAAGUGCAUGUAUUUCACUGUGAGGUCAUACAUGCCAUCUGGGGUGAAGCAGAUUUUACCUUCCUUUUGCAAAGACAUGUUCCGUCUACUAGAUUCAUUGGACUUCAACAGUCCUCCUGAAGAUGCAGAUACAACAAGGCUCAAGAUUGCAAAAAGAUGUCUCAUUAUAUUUUGCACACUUGUUACUCGUCACCGGAAACAUGCUGAUAAAGAGAUGCCACAUAUUGUCAACUGCGUAACCAAACUAUCAAAGCAAAGCAUUCAUUUAAGUAAACUCAAUUCUCUCUCGGACCGCAUUUUUUCAUUAUCAUUUGACGUAAUUUCUCGUGUUUUGGAGACAGGCCCUGGAUGGCGACUUGUUUCACCCCAUUUUUCUUCACUUCUGGAUUCAGCAAUUCUUCCAGCAUUAGCAUUAAAUGAGAAGGAUAUAGCUGACUGGGAGGAGGAUACUGACGAGUAUAUGCGAAAGAACCUCCCCUCUGAACUUGAUGAUAUUUCAGGAUGGGCUGAGGAUUUAUUUACUGCUCGGAAAAGUGCCAUCAAUUUACUUGGUGUCAUAGCCCUCUCGAAGGGUCCGCCAGUUGUAUCUGCUGCUUCCAAACGCAAGAAGGGUGAAAAAAACAAAGGAAAAGGAGGAAGCUCUAUUGGGGACCUAUUGGUCAUCCCAUUCCUUUCAAAAUUUCCUGUACCUUCUCAUGGAGAAGAUGCAUCAUCAAAGGCAGUGCAGAACUAUUUUGGCGUUCUAAUGGCAUAUGGAGGCCUUCAAGAUUUUCUGACUGAGAAGAAAGAUUUGACGGCUACUUUGAUCAGGAAUCGGAUUCUUCCAUUGUAUUACUUAGAUCAGUGCAAUCCAUAUUUGAUAUCUACGGCAAACUGGAUUAUUGGACAGCUUGCGGCGUGCCUACCAGAGGCUAUGGGCAUGGAUAUUUAUAAUUCCUUAAUGAAGGCAUUGAGCAUGGAAGAUGCUGAGGACUUAACUUGUUAUCCGGUUCGUGCUUCUGCUUCUGGUGCUAUUGCAGAACUUAUUGAGAACGGUUAUUCUUCACCUGACUGGGUUGCCCUUUUGCAAGUUGUUGUGAAAAGGCUAAGUGCUGAGGAUGAAAAUGAAUCCGCUCUUUUGUUUCAGCUUCUGGGAACAGUAGUUGAGGCUGGCGAAGAGAAAGUUCUGCCUCACAUUCCUGGAACUGUGUCUAACAUUGCCAAUAUAAUAAUGAAUCUUCUGUCCCCUGUACCAGAUCCAUGGCCUCAGGUGGUUGAACAGGGUUUUGCUGCACUGGUAGCGAUGGUUCAAGCUUGGGAUAGCUCUGCACCAGAUGAAAACAAGGAACACGAGAAGAGGGAGUGGCAAUUAGGCCAGACUGCCAUUGCUCAAACUUUGUCAAUAGUAUUACAAAAAUCUUGGCUGUUGCCUGUUGAACAGAUGGAGUUGACAUUAGAUUCUGAAUUGCCACCAGCGUCUUGUGUAAAUGAGGCUUCUUUUUUGCUCGAAUUCAUCAUGAGGUCUAUUACUUCUGUUGAAGAAAUCACACAUUUGAAAGUCUUUGAGUUAGUAGCUAUAUGGGCUGACACCAUUGCCUAUUGGGAUUCUUGGGAGGAAAUGGAGGAUCAGGGAGUUUUCAAUGCAAUCAAAGAAGCUAUCAGUUUCCAUCAAAGAUUUGACUCCUCUGGUUUCUUCAUGAAAAUGCUUCCUUCUCAGUCUGCAAAUGGUGCACAAAGUUCAAUCAUUGGUCGGGUUUCUAGCUUCGUGACCAGGGCCAUUGCAGCUUACCCUUCUGCAACAUGGAGGGCAUGCUCAUGCAUCCAUACACUAUUGCAUGCUGCAGAUUUCUCCUUGGGAGCGGAAAAUGGUAGAAUGACUCUUGCUGUUACCUUUGGGGAAGCAGCAUUCUCCUAUUUUAAGGGUUUAUCUGACAGCCCUGCUGGAAUAUGGAAGCCACUAGUCUUGGCCAUUUCUUCAUGCUACAUUUGCUAUCCAGAUGCUAUUGAGCAAGUUUUAUGCAAGGAUGAUGGCAAUGGUUAUACAGUAUGGGCAUCUGCUCUGUCUCAAAUCUCAAGUAGCUCGUUUACUCCUGCGCUGUCAUCUGAAUCUGAGAUCAAACUGGCUGUACUAACAUUAGCAACUGUGAUUGAGCGGCUGCUGGCCCUCUCCAUGGGUGGCACCAAGGUGCUGAAAGACUGCUAUAUAUCAUUGAUGGAGUCCUGCAUUCAUCUGAAGGAUGUUCAAGAGGACGGGGAUGAUGAUGAUGAAGUAGAAGAUGACGAUGACGAUGAUGAGGAGGAAGACACCGAUGACGAUGAUGAGGAUUCGGAGGAUGACAAUGUGCGAGAAGAGACGGAAGAGGAAUUCCUUGCAAGAUAUGCCGAGGCUGCUGCUGCUGCCAGUGAGUCAAUUGAGGUUGUUGAGGAAGGAGACAUAGAUGAUGAAACCCAGGACAUUGAAUUAGGUUACCUGGACGAAGUGGACAUAAAACAGGUGGUUCUUUCACUGAUGCAGAAACAUAUCACGCUCCUCCAAGCGCAGAGUCUGCCAGAUGAUCUAAUUGAGAGAAUUGCCGAAACGUUUCCUGAAUCUGAGCAGAUGCUGCGUGCUCACCCACAAACUUAGUGUUAGACUUGUGCAGGCUUUCUUGUCCAAAUAUGUUUUCUAUGUUUGUUUUUGGAGACACUGCUGUAUUCCAUUUGUUGUUUGUUUUACACCGUCUGCCGCUUCUUUGUGCUCGUAGAUAGGAUGAUGGACUGCAGUGUGUUACUGGGGUUUCUGCUUAACAUUGGUGGAUGUACAAUGUCAUUCUUUACGUUCCAUGACUUGAUGGUGCAAUAUUUAUCAAUUGUUUUCA